AUGCAGCUGCAGAGAGCACAGCAUGUCACCAAGCUCCUAGAUUGUUUGCCAUACUUGCUCGAUGGGAUCCAGAUCCCGGCCCGGCAGAACCCGACUUGGAUCCGUUUGGAGAUGACCGCUAAGGUGGUGCCUGCAGACGGCUCAUCCUUGGCCGUGUCACUUGCAGGGGUUCCAUCUGAUCAACCGGCCAUAGUAGUUGGUGCCUUGGCGCUGGCGAUUGUCUGCCACGAGGCUGGACACUUCCUCUGUCUGCGGAGCAUUGGGCUCCCUGCAGCAGAGUUCGCCCUGGGCUUCGGGCCCGAGGUGGUGAAUUUUGGACGAAGCCCUGAUGGUACGGAGUUUGUCUUGAGGGCCUUCCCAAUCGGUGGCUAUGUCAGGUUCGAGGAUGCGAAAACAGUGAAGCUUGAAGAUGGUCGCAUGGUCACGGAAUUUGAUGCCCGAUCUACUCCAGAGCGGAUUUGGGUUCUUGCUGGUGGUGUGUUGGCAAAUCUUGCAGUUGCUUGGUCUUCCUUGGCAGCUGGAGCCCUGAUAGCUGGAGUCCCUACGAAGGAUUUUCUCCCGGGCAUUCGCAUCCAAGCUGUGGAUGACGAAGCUUUUGCACGAACUGGCUUGAAAGCUGCGGACGUGUUGCUUCGCGUUGGAGGCUUGGACAUGAACUUUGCGGGCGCGCAAGUGCGUCAGACGGUGGCGUACAUCAAUCAACUUCCUGCUGGAAGGCCUGUCGAGAUGCUGGUUCAAAGAGGGGCUGAGGAGGUCAUGCUCACUGCAAACACCAUCACCGACCCGAACACCGGGUUGCAAAGGCUUGGCGUGAUGAUCGAAACCAACUCUGUGCGAGUUCUGGCCAAAGCGGAAAGCUUUGCAGAAGCUGCAGGUGUGGCAACAGAUGUGCUCACCAAGCUUCUGGAUGAGCAGGUCAAGGCUCUCGAAGGACUUUUCACAGGCAUGGGGCCUGGAGAGAUGGUAGGCCCCGUGGGCAUCGUAAAACAGGGCGAGGACUUGGUGGCUGCAGAAGGCUUGCUGGGAAUUUUCAUCUUCUUCGUGACUGUGAACCUGAACUUGGCUUUCAUCAAUGCUUUGCCGCUGCCCGCGUUGGACGGUGGCAAGGCGCUCUUUGUCCUUGCGGAGCAGGUGAGUGGCCAGCGCCUUGACGAGAGCAGGAAGCAAAAUGUGGAGUUGGCCUUCCUCCUGCUUGUUUUCCUUGGUCUGGGCAGCAUCACCAUCAAGGAUGUCAGCCAUCUCUUCGAGGGCAAGUGA